CUGUUUCGUGUUUUUUUUUUUUUUUUGCGUUUCUCGGCCUUAUUUCUCGGCCCCUUCGGCUUCCUAACUGAUCUGCUCAGAGUCAAAUGCCUGGUUUAUUUUGCAACGCCAUCUCCCUGUGCUAGGUGUAGCCAGUGCUGAAUCCGGAGCAUUCCUGGCACCACUCCCACUCCCACCUGCCGACGGCCCCCUUCGUGGCUGCGCUCUCAUCCUCGGCCUCCAACAAACUCGAUCAUACGCUAUCGCCCGUACCGUAGAGUGGGUUCUGUCUGCGACCUGGAAUGUAAAGAGGUGGUAUGGUGUGGUGUGGUGUGUGUGUUUCUCUUACUCGCGCCUCCUCGCCCUGGCGCAGCGCCUCUGCCGCUCCCGUUUUUCCUUGGUCUCAUUGGCGGCACAACAGGACGGCACAACAUUUGAGGCACAAACGGACACAGCACACAGCACACGCCGCCCUGAUCGCCCUGAUCGCCCCCAACCGUCUGGCUGGCGUUUACACGCCCGAGGGUGAGGGCUUCGGCACUGCAUCUUGUGACCGAGCACACACCAGCCCGUGCCGCACUGGUGCACCAAUCACGGAAGGGACCGCCACGGCAAGUCCUGUCUCUCUCCUCGGCACCGUCUAGCUCGGUCCCGGCCAGUUUGGCUUGGUACCGUGUUGCGCGCGCAACCACAGCACCAGCAGAUCAUCACCAUCCUUGCGCGCUUCCCCCAGCCAACUCCCCAGCUCCCCCAGCGCUUCGCACCCACUCCCACCCGGCAGUCCGCGCCCUGUUCACAGUAGGUAGACCCUGCGAACAGAAGAUCGCACCUGAAUCGGCCGACGGAUGGGGACAUUGCUGCCCCCAAGCUACGUUUUUGGACUUAUACUUUUUUUGACACCCCCCACUGGCCCCAAAUUCCUGGUCCAAACCCACCCCUGCACGGCUCCCUUCCCUGCUGGACGUCUUGUGCUCCUGGUGUGACGGCGCUGCGCCGGGGCCAAGCAGGUCAUCCUCGCCCGCCCGCGGGCAUCUUAAAACAUGGCUGAACCCAGUUGUGCCGCUCCCGCCCUUGUCCCUCUUCAAAACGGUUCCCUCCAUUCCCGGAGACAACGCCCGCCCGAUCUCGACCUUGCCCGUGAACACGACAACCGAGUCCCGCUGAGGGCAGAGUCGGCCAGAAUGCGCCGUCGCGAAUCGAGGCUCGGCCUCAUCAACAUCUUUGGGAGGCAGAAGAGCUCCGUCGACUUGGCGAGCUCCACUGCCGCCGCCAGCUCCACCGCAUCGCUGGCAACAACAGCAACCUCCCCACCGCUUACUACCUCGUCCUCUUCCUCGUCGCGGGAUCUGUCGCUGCCCAGGUCCGCCGGCAUCCGCGCCUCCCUGGCCGAGAUGAGCCACUGGUCCCGAGCCGACUCCUCUAACCACCACCGCCAACACCACCAGGAGAAGCAGCAACAGAGGCAGCAACGACAACAAACCCCGCCUUCGGAUCCAUCGGGCUCGCCCGGCUCGACGACGCCCGCUCCCACCCCCAGGUCGGUCAAGGCCCCCGCCGGUGCCAAGACCAAGGGGUCCAGCAUACCGGCCCCAAAGCCCGGUCGCGGCUCCUUGGCCACCUGGGACCCCCCGCCGCUCUUCCAGGCUUACCCUCAGGCCAUCCGACAAAUUGAACUGCCCGCAUGUACCGUCUCUGCUGAGACUAUCCUCCGUCUGAAUGGCGGCCGUGCUAGCCAAGCCCCGGCGGCGAUGCCCGAUGCCGAGGCCUUGUCGGACCUGGCGAGUGACAAAGCAAAGCGGAAGCACCGGCGCAACACGUCCAGCAUGGCAUCGUUUAGGUCCGACUGGACCACCAAGAUCUACGUCUUGGUGACCUCGGGCUAUCUGCUGCAGUAUGCCGGCGAAGGCUCAUUCGACCGACUCCCUGAAAAGAUCCUGCAUCUUAGCAAGGACUCUGCCGCUUUCGCCAGCGAUCUCAUCCCGGGACGGCACUGGGUUGUGCAGGUGUCGGCAGCCAUGGAGGCAGACGGGACCUCGACUGCCGACUCCAGGUCUCUACUCUCACGUCUGCCCUUCCGUGGGGCCGAGAAGAGAAAUGCCUCGGCCUUUCUGAUGGUUUUUGAGAGCGCGGACGAUAUGGACCAAUGGAUUGCAACGCUCCGCCGCGAGAUCGAGCACCUGGGCGGCAAGAAGAAGCUGUCAGAGACUGGCAAGCCCAAGGCUGACGAUAAUGUGCUCCAGCUGCGGGGGCAGCCCAGCCAGCGAACUCUGGUCGUCCGGGACCCGGAGCGCUUCUCCCGCGUAAUCGCCCCUGAGCAACUCACAUGGGUUCAUGAGGCUCCAGCCAUGAUAUCAACCACACCUGCCACUCCCGCAACCCCGUCAACUCUCGACGUACUGCUCGGCUCGCCCGAGAUGAACGGCGCACACGACCGGUCGUUCGACGACCUGUCGACCACCAAUAGCUUUGCCUCACAGGACGGCCAACAACUCGACUUCCUGAGAGAUGAAUCCCAUCGCCUUUCCUAUGUCUCAUCGGGUCAACGGACCGUGAUGACAUCCGAGGGCUCGUCGUCGCCCUCCUGCUCCCCAACACGUGAUAGCUUCUCGAGCCAUUUGGACGACCGUCCGUGCAACCCUCACUCGGAGAAGCUCGUACCCGAUGCGCAGCUGAGGCCAAAUGUGAAGGUUAUUCUGGACCGCAGGAUGUCGAUGCGCUCUCCGGGCCCCUUGAGCAGUAUCAGGCCCGUCUCCAGCGCCCCUCGCACUGUGUCCGACUGCCAGCCCGAUGCAACCCACUUGAACGAUUCUUGGCCGCUCACUACACCCAACUUUAGUGUUCCACAUUCCGUCAGCAAACGCUUCUCGAUAAGGAGGAGCCCAGGUCCUUCGGACGAGGCUCCGCCCCCUCCGCCCAAAUCGACACUGGCCCCGCCCCCUAGACCUUUCCCCAGGAGACCUCCCCCGUCCCUUGGCGCGUUCUCGAGGCCGCUCUCGGUCGUGGCCGAUCAGCCGUCGCCCAUGUCGCCCCGGUUCCAUUACCAAGGACUCGAGAGCCGGCUCGACGAGGCCGGGCGGGUUCACAAUUUAAAAUCUCCCCUCUCCCCUGGCGUGGCCGAAGGGCGAAGACAGCAAGCCGCCGAAACACGAAUCGCGCCAGCGGUCCCCGCGAAGACAAGCCUGAGUAGUCGACGCGCCAGCAUGCAGCCGUUGGCCUAUGCCGACUCCCCACGAAGAAGCAUAAGCACCCUCGGCCUACGUAAAAGGGCGUCCGAUUUUGCCCUCCGACAACGCGCAGUUGCCGCCCCAGAGCCACGAAAGUGGCAGGCACUGCAACAUGUCGCCCUCGCCACCAAGACGCCAGAUCAGCCGGCGAACAGGCUAGCAGACGGGCUGGCGGACAGGCCGAGGCUGCGUGCAUCGCGUGUUGUAUCAGGCACGGACAUGUGGGCGCAGCCACGGACCUCGCAGCGCCUGGGCGUGUCGAGGCCUGUGAGCGUUGUGCGGCAGCACGAGCCCAAUACCCAUCCUCGUUUCUCUCAAGAUGUCGAUGUGGACUGGAGAACCGCCCCUCAUCCUCCGCCCAAGGACUCGCCGCCACUCAAGCCCACGUCGUCCCCGAGGGAACCACGGUCGGAACAGGCCGUGGUGGCGGUGCCCCGGACGUCGACGUCGACGCAAUACUUGCGGACCGCAUCGGACACCAAGGCGCUGCUGAACAGGCACAGUGUGCCGCAGCUGGCAGACGUUCCCCCGCCGCUGCCUCCGCCGACGUGCGCGCUGCCGCCUAUCCCUCUCGCGCACCGCGGCCCGGCUGUCAGGCAAACGCGAGCGCAUACCAUAAAGACCUGAGCUGCUUGGGCACACCAUUAUCUCCAGCUUUAUAGACUGCCAUCUUUUGAUGGCAAUGACCUCCGCCCUGUACAACCUUUGUACUAUUCCCACUCCCUCUGUACUUGUUUCUUGUCACCUUUGUGGCUCGAUGUUCAUCUUGGUUUUGUUUGCACUUAUACCCACAUGCGUGCCGUGAACAUGCCGGCGCGUCUUCAUUCGAUUUCAUCCAACUUUUUCUCUUUUUUAUGCUUCGGCUUUUCUUGUUUCCGCACGAACACUCGGAACCGUGCUAGGAGCACUACCUGGCGGGUGGUAUACCUUUUCCCCAUAAUGCGUUUGUAUUCUUCAUUCUUCCCACGUUGGACAUACUUUCUCUCCUUUGUUAUUGAUUUUCACUCGGCAGCGGGCGUUGAGAAGACUACGUUAGAAACAUGCUGCAGAGCUACAAGCUUCUGACUGAUGGGAGGGCGACAAAACCAGGCGACGAUGACGGGUUUGGCGAUAGAUUUUUGGAAAGCGGGUGGACUAGGGAUCUUGGAUGAUUUUGAUGCGCCACGAUGCCGUACAUGGCUUCUUCCUCUUUUGAUUUUUCUGGCUGCUUCUUUCCGGCUUGAGUUAGGAAAGAGCCCUUUGUACACUAGCUGUCAUUUGCUAUGGGAAAUAACUAUCUAUCUCGUUACCGCAUCUCAGCUGCUGUG